GCCCCAUUAGUUUUUUGUUUAUGUUGGGUUGUCGGAAAAAUCGGCUGUUUUCCGUGUGUCCGUCUGCCAUGAAAAGCUGCUAAAAAGCUAAAUAUAAAAAUCAGCGCAGCACACACGUUCCGCUGCCUGCAUUGUUUGCCCAUUCUAAUGGGAAAUUAUGUGAGUGCGAGUCAGGAAAACGCAUCGUGUGUGUAUAUAUAUACAUAAGUAUGUAACUGCGCCCGUUUGUUUGUGUGUGUUUUUGUGUGCAUGGUGCAAUGGAAAAGUGAUUAUUAUAAAUGAAAAUCAGUGAAAUGUCCAACCAACUCCCACUUGUACGUGUGUAGGAAGGCAGAAGGGUGUUUUGCAUUCGUGUGCGUGCCAGAUAAAAAGACUUUGAAUUUCUGGAGGAUAUUAGUGUCAACUGUGAGGGGUAUAAUACGCCGUAGGCCCUAAUAUGCAGGCAAGUCCAUUAAUUACGCCAAAGGUCACAGGUUAGGCACGCAGCCAGUAUCCAAGGAGCAAUAAUAAUGUUGUAAGAAGGCGACCUGUAAGCGAGAGCGAGAGAGCUGGUGUUUUGGUGUGAGUGCGUGGUAGAACAAAGAGGACGAAAAACACGGCUAACGAAUUCGCCGCACGACACACUCGCCGCAUGGCGAAUUCAAACGUAUCCCAGUGAACGAAUGAAAAACAAAAGGAUAUCUUAUUGAAACUGAUUAAACUUAAGACUGCCGAAUAGUUAUAUAAAAUCCAAAACCAUGUCUGCGGCCGAACUCGAGGCGGAGGCUUCAGCCCAUGAGCAACAAUCCCAGCAACAACAACAAAAUCAAUCACAAAGCGAGGAGAUUAAUACAAACACUGCCAUCAUUGCAAAUGCAACCACAACAAAUAGCUACAACAAUAAUUUGGAUACGGAAACCCAGCUGCAGAUGCACCAGGAUCCGCAGCAGCAGGAACUCGAGGGCAACAGCAACAAUGGCAUCACAGGACUCGGCCUCAGUCUGAUGAACUCCUCACCGCCGCCGCACAGCUACCGACAUUCGCGGGCCUAUCGCCACUUCAAGAAUCCGCCGCAGCCCCACAUGUGCAUCCGCACCACCACGGAGGCGGGCGAGGAGCUCUUCAUCAAUGUCCUCAGCUGGACGCGCAUUGUGAUACCGCAGGAGCCCAGCGAUCCUAUUCCUCUAUACGGAGGCAUGCGGGUACCGCCUGGCAGCCCACGCAGUCCUCCCAUUGUCUUUGCCGUAAUGGCCAAUCCGGAGGUGCUCAAGGACUCCGGACGUCACAGCAAAGAUCCUGAGGAGCGACGAGCUAUGGUGGAACUGAUGUGCGACUUUGUGGAGGCUAUGAAUCCAGGCGUGAAAUUAGUCAGAAACGCCGUAAUACUCAAGGAUCGCGAUAUCUCCGGCGAGCUGAAGGAUGUCUGGAAUGCCGUUCAGGCGCAGCGUGAUCGCGAGAGGGAGGAGCAAAUGAUGCAGCAGCGCCAGCAGCAGCACUACCAGAACAUCACCACGCAACAGAUGUUUCCCAAAUCGCCGGACGCAUCGCGGGCAGCUAGUGCUGGUGCUGCAGUAAACGAGGUCAGCUCGCCGCCGGCUCACUUGUCUGAGCCGCUGCUAGUAGAGCAGGGAAAUGGCAAUGGCAAUGGCAUCACCCUGGCCGUGUUUGCCCAGCAGCUGGACAACAAAGUGGCCAGCGAGCAGGCUGAACAACAGGAGCAAUCGCCAGUUUCGGAGGAUGCUUGCGUGGAUCAAACGGAUGCAGGCAGCUCGCUCAAUGGAUCAACAAUUGUGCUGGACAAUCAGCCGGUGGCAGUGGAGAACGAACCAGAAGUAAAGGUUGCACCACCGGCAGCCACGAAUGGUGCGUCCAGUCACGCAGCACCCACAGCAACAGCCACAGCCACAUCAUCUCCCAGUCCAACUCCGGCUCCCGUUGUCACAGCAACUCCUCCACCUGCUGCUCCCGCAAAGAAGGAGAAACUGGGCGGCUUCCUGCCCAACGGCUGCAUCUUCCCGCGCUUCAAGAACAACAAGCACAAGGACAAGGACAGCAGUCACAAGGAGGGCAAGAGCAAAGAGAAGACCCUGCUGAAUGCGCUGAAAAAGAGCAAAGAGAAGAAGGUGGCGCCCAGUGAACAGCCGACAGAAAAAGCCGCCGCCUCGGACAACGGAACCACGCAGUACGAGAAGAACUGCAUCAACAAUCUGGAGUGCGAGGUGCAGAAGCUGGACUUGAACAGCGGCAGCAACGGCGACAAUAGCAUGUUCAUCAAGCUGAAAGUUUCGCCGGCCAAUGCCACAGCAGCGGCAGCGGCGGCCAAGUAGAGAUAAUCCUGAAUUUGCACACACAAACAAAAUCUCGUAGGUAAGUGGGAAGUUAGGACGAUAGACAGUUAGAGGAGGCGGCACUCUCCAGUGAACAGUGUCACUGGGUCAGCACUUAGGGCUUAGAGUCGUGGAUAGAGUCGUGUAGCAUAUACAAGAUUUAUAUAUACAGAUAUAUAUACAAACAUUCACACACCCGUUUACACCGUUGGUCAAUUUUUUGGAUAGCCACUCAGAACCAGGACUAGAUGAACUAACAGUUGUGCCAUGCUCCAGCUCAUAGACAUUUAUAGACGACAGCGCUUCUCCCAGAAUCUUCCCUGGCAUUUAACUGACAGAAUGAUAAACGUAUUUACAUAGUUCAAUAUAUGUAUGAUUCGCAUACAGUUUGCCUUAUAUACAACAAGCCCAAGAGAGCGACAAGAACCUAGCAAGAACCAGUUGAUAAACACGAGAAUAAAUGUAUUUAAAAACGUAAUCGUCGAAUGAAACUCAUGCGCCAAAUAAAACAUCCCAGCACUUAGCCACAUCCCAGACUAACUACUAGCUCCAUUCCCAAAUUGUCACAUCAUCUCAUCGUGAACCAUACACCCACCAGACAUUUGCCCAUCGAUCCAUCCAUCAAUCCAUCCAUCCAUAUCCAUAUCCAUAUCCGUGCAAAAGUAUUAAGAAACUUCGCAGAUCCAAGAACCCUAACCCUGGAUCGAUUGAUCUCCACGCUUUGAAGUUGAGGGGCAGUGAAAACAGCGGAGGGAGUUUUAAAGCCGGCUCUAUAGUGCCACGACUAACUUAUGUACCUUAGUAUACCCGAAUGCGAAAACAGUAUACAGAUCCGCAAUGUCGCUAUUAUGAUUUAUAUUUUAAAGUUUAACUUUUAGUUCCUCCUAUUGGGUACCGAAAGGGGAAACUACAUUUCCUUCUAUUUAUUUUCCGUGCGUGCUUGUUGUGUUGUAAUUGAUACUACUGUUGGAAUGUUUAACUUUUACUGCGUUUAUUGUUUGUGAUAACCCAAUUCGGAUUCCAAUCCCAAUCCCUCAACUUCAAACGAAACCAUUCACGAAUCAUAUAUUAUAGAGAGUAUAAACCACUAGAAAUCGAAUAAAUAUUCGAGAAACACCACUGAAAAAUGGUAAAACAAAAA